AUGGAUUGUUCUACACAACUCAUCUAUAUAUCAAAUGGUUUAUUCAAAGAAUUCCACAAAAUCUCCUUAAACCCUAUCCAAAUCACUCACUAUCGGACGACUUUACACAAUGACGUUGAAGUUUUGGCUUCAUGCAAGGGUCUGAUUCUCUUUGACUUUGAUGAAAUUAAGGUUUACUGUGUUUUCAAUCUGUUAACUAGAGUGCACCAAUUGAUAGCAUACCCAGAACCUACAACUUUUAUGAUGAUUGGUAAGCCAGGCCUAGCUGUUUAUUACUCGAGUUGUGAUCAAUACAAAUUGGUAACCAUCAGCAAGCUGGCUGAAAAUCCCAACUUGUUUUACAAAUUUCAUGUAUUGUCAUCGGAACGACCUAGCUUGUGGCGUGAAAUCCAACUGAGAAGCAAUACUUUCAGUGAUUUGGCCAUCGCAACUGGAGGGUUCCACACUUUGGACAACAUCUUUUCUGGUUCGGACGAAAUUAUUAAUGGUUUUCUAGUCUUGAUUGACAACAAACAGACUCAAAAAAAGAGAAUGAAACGAGUUAAGGGCAUGGGAAACAGCAACAUAGCAGAGGGAAGCAACGCUAUAUCUGUGAGUGUGAAACUGCAGGAUGAUUUAAUAGUUGGGGAGAUCAUCUCCCGCUUGCCUUUGAAGCUUGCAGUUAUAAAGUUAUAA